AUUGACUCCUGGUGCAAGGAGAACAGCUACGUGAUAGCUGGAUACUACCAGGCAAACGAACGUGUGAAGGAUGCCAGUCCCAACCAGGUGGCAGAAAAAGUGGCAUCCAGGAUUGCAGAAGGCUUUACUGACACAGCACUCAUCAUGGUUGACAACACCAAGUUCACGAUGGAGUGUGUGGAACCUGCCAUUCAUGUGUACGAGCUACAUGAGAACAAGUGGAGGUGCAAGGACCCACAUGUUGAUUUUUGUGAAGACUGGACUGAAGCCCAGAGAAUUGCUGCAUCUCUCCUGGACAGCAAGUCCUACGAGACCCUUGUGGAUUUUGAUAACCACCUCGAUGAUAUCAGGAACGACUGGACAAACCCAGAGAUCAACAAAGCUGUCCUCCACCUGUGCUAGAAGGGUUUCUCCUGACCUCAUUUCCAGGCCUUCCCACUAUGUACUGAAGAGAAAAAGAUGCUAUUUUUGAAUGUAAAUAGAAUAAUACUCCCUUUGUGUGGCAAGCUGACUGAUUAAAGAGGAGUGGC